CCGCCUCGUUUCGUCCUGGACGAUUUGAUCGCGUUCGGCCGAUCUUGGUAAGCCCAACUCUCUAUGCCACCCACGAGGGUUGCUGCCGGCUCGCUCAAGCCAAACGAGCCGCUCUGCGACAAGCCGACCAGGGAGUACAUCCAGACCAGGCGCUUGUCGGCGGUGGCGCAAGACGCCGCCGACGGGGAUGUGCUCUCUCCACCAGAGACGCAGGCCCCAACGACUCGCUCGCUCGGAGCCAAGCCCAACCUCGCCCGCUCCCGGUCCGCGAUGGGUGGCCUGAGCGGCCCGACCUUUAUGGACGAGGCCAAGGGCCUGUCGGGUGUCUCGAGGACACUCUGCAUGAGCAUCGCCGACGUGGAGAGCUCGCCGGGGGGGCUGCGCCGCUUCCUCUGGCCGCUGGUCCUCUUCACCUUGCUGGCCCUCACCGCGGCGCUCAUGCUCAACGCCCUCAUCUUCUGGACACCCGCGUACCGCUACUAUUGGGAGCAGAAGCGCGCCGCGCUGCUCUCUCAAAACGAGACGGCCGCGCUGCUCGAGAGGUACGACCCCGACUUCCCGCCGCUGCCGGAAGGGUGCCAGCGGUUCGACAAGAACUCUGAGCGCCUGACCGAGGGCGUCGAGACCCUCCUCGACGCCACCUUCCGCACCCCUUUCGAGGUUGACGCGCUGCCGAACGAGCCGCAGUCGCUCGGGCCAGGCUCGCGGCUGGUGCUCGACUCGCUGGUGGUGGAGGAGGUGCACCACGGGAGGUGGACCUUCGGCGUGUGCUGGGACUCGCCCUGGUACCAGACCAUGCCCGACCAGCUCGUCCUCCGCCUCCGCCGCAUCGGCAUCACCGCGACUCUCAGCAUGCACAUCACGCAGCACGUGCCCUUCCACGGCGACGUCGUCCUCUCCUACGGCUC